UAUUGAAUGGGGUCAAAUUGAUUAUUUAUUGUUCUUGUCGAUCCCAAACCACAUGACUUAGGGAGCAGUUAAACCUUGGAAAUGGUCAAACCUGCAACGGGACUCUGGCAUUGAAGCUUAACAAAAUAUUUAGUUAGUUUGGUGAGUUCACAACACAGAGCACGUACGCAUGACAAAGCACGUCCUCUCUGAUGAUCUUAUCUCUUCCGGUCCACAUCAUCACAUGGAGACUAUUUGCCUGUAGUCAUUAAGGACAAAGAGGCUGCAGUUUGAUGGAAUUUAGAAGGAAAACUUCAAAAGAAGUGCCAGCAGCCACUUUAAUCUCAUUUAGUGCCACAACUUAAUUACUAUAAUUAUCCUUGAUUGGCUUAAGAAAGACACACCUCUGUCCAAAUGAAUGGCUCCACAACAAGGAUUGUAAAAACCAGCCAUUCUCUUCUCAACACCAAACUGCUUCAGGUCACACAGAACAACACACACCUUCGUCCUCCAUCCUUCUGACUCCAGCUUUACCCUCUACAGCAGAUUAGGAUUGUUGUCGCUGUUGGCUGUUAGCUUCUAGUCUGUCAUGGUGGUUCGGAGGGUGGCAGUGAUCGGUGCAGGACCCUCAGGUCUGACCAGCACCAAAGCGUGCCUGGAAGAAGGUCUGGAGCCCACGUGCUUCGAGAGCAGCCAUGACAUUGGAGGUCUGUGGAAAUUCAAGGAGAAGCCAGAGCCUGGACGGGCCAACAUCUAUCAGUCAGUGGUUAUCAACAGUUCCAAAGAGGUGAUGUCCUUCAGUGACUUCCCGCCUCCCGCUGAGCUGCCCAACAACAUGCAUCACUCUGAGAUCAUGAUUUAUCUGCGUCUCUACGCUCAGGAAUUCAAUCUAAUGCAGCACAUACACCUGCAGACUGCUGUGGUCAGUGUGAGGCAGACACCAGAUUUUGCAGGGACCGGCCAGUGGGAGGUGGAGACCGAGAAGACAGAAGGUCAGAGGGAGACGCAUGUUUUCGAUGCAGUGAUAGUUUGCACCGGACAUUUCACCCAGCCUCACCUGCCGCUCAAGGACUUCCCAGGUAUUGAGAGCUUCCAAGGCCGAUAUUUCCACAGCUGGGAAUACCGCAGUACUGCGGGCCUGGAGGGGAAGAGAGUGGUGGUGAUUGGGAUGGGGAACUCUGGAGCUGAUAUUGCAGUUGACAUCAGCAGAGUUGCUGAGAGGGUGUACCUCAGCACCAGGAGUGGAGCGUGGGUUGUCAGCCGUGUCGCACUGAGGGGGCUCCCAAUUGACAUUUAUUUUUCUCGAUUGGACACUCUGAUACGAUCGCUGUUCCCCUCAUGGACCAAUAGGAUGCUGGAGAAGAAGCUGAACGAGCCGUUUGACCACAAAUUAUACGGCAUUCAACCAAAGCAUGGCUUUUUUGUGCAGAUUCCUGUAGUCAAUGACGACUUGCCAUCUCGGAUCCUCUCAGGUCGUGUUCAAGUGAAACCCAACGUGAAAGAGUUCUCUGGGUCCAGCGUGGUCUUUACUGAUGGGAGCAUCAUAGACAAGGUGGACUUCGUGGUGUUUGCUACAGGGUACAACUACGGCUUCCCCUUCCUGCCUGCAGCUCUGCAGGCUAAAUGUGGCUACAGGCUGCGUCUCUACAAGCAUGUUUUCCCUCCUGCGCUGACCAAACCCACGCUGGCAGUGGUGGGCUUCAUCCACGGCCUUGGGGCGAUCAACCCUCUGGCUGAGAUGCAGGCCCGCUGGGCUACGAGAGUCCUGAAAGGCUUAAUAACCCUCCCAAACGAGAAGACCAUGAUGUCGGAAAUUGAGAGAGACACAGCAGUGAUGCAUCAGAAAUAUGCAUGUUCAGAGCGCAACCCCCUGCAGGUGGACUACAUCCCCUACCUGGACUCUCUGGCCAAAGAGGUGGGGGCUCGACCAAACAUACCGUGGCUCAUCUUGAAGGAUCCCAAACUGGCGCUGGAGGUUUUCUGCGGUCCUGCCACUCCGUACCAGUACCGCCUGACUGGACCAGGCCGCUGGGCUGGAGCCCGUCAGGCGAUUCUCACUCAGUGGGAGCGAGUGUUUCAGCCUUUGAAGACCAGAGUGGUACCAGAACCAGAGACCAAGCCUUCUUCUACACUCCGCAUCAUUGUGAUUUUCUCAUGUGCUGCCUUAGUGAGCUGCUUCAUCUACAAUAAACACCACCAUUCCUCUUUCCUCACUCCUCCCACAUUCCUCAGAUCCCUCAGUCAGCUGUAAGAUGAAUGAUGCAGCUGUAGGCACAGAAUGCUUUUAGAAUGUCUAUUUUGAAUAAGAUAUGGAAAGGUUUUGAUAUAAAAAUGCAGUCUUUGUCCAAUUCUGUGCAUUGCUCUGAAUCUACUGAAUGCUUUCUUUCAAUGUAACUUUUUUUGGAAACUUGCUUGUUUUGCAUCAAGUCCACCCACUGAAAGCUCUGUACAAACCACUGUUUCAAAUUAUCAGCAGUUCAUUAAAGUAAAUUCUGCAAUAUUA